AUGCAGACUUCCCAGGAGAUUAUCAGGCAAGCCCCUAAGCCCGCAGCGCAGAAGCAUCUGGUCCAUCAUAGACUGGCUGCGAAGCUUGGCUGUGGCGUGCCAUCAGUCCCAAAACCAACAAAAAAUGGGGGAAAUUCUCUGCACCACUGCGCCAAUACAGCCAAAAACGGUGCGAAUAAUCAACUGUCGCGUAUACUAAGAGCCUUGGCUAGGGCUCGGAGCCUGGCACGCGGCUCGGGAUCUGGAGAUAGUAUGUUCCGAAGCUCGCAGAGUCACUUUAUCCGAUCUUCUGAACAGCCAAGCUAUUUUAUCCUCCACAUCAACCAACAGGUGCAAAAAUUUUCCAACUUUGGUGAGUUUGGGGACUCGUGCAAGGAUGGAGCUCUGUACCACUCCGCUAAUUCAACCAAAAAGCUGGCGGACGACUUGUUACAUUCAGCUGAUACCACUCAAUCCUCCCGAUUAGUCAUGGGCGACACUAACGGUGAGGGGGGCUGGCCCGCUCUUGCUCUAUCCUUUUUGAGGAAAUGCGGCCCUCAUAGUGAUGUUGUGACUGUGAUCCGUCUGUGGAAACGGGUCUGCGGUGGCGAUAUUAUGCCGCCAACAGCAGGGAGGGGGGCCAACCCGCUCUGGCUACUAGAAUUGAAUUGGUUGGCCAGCGAGGAAAAGCGGAAUAAGGUUACUCUGAAGGUGCCGCAUAGUGUCAACUUUGGACGGUGA